AUGCCAACAAAGAGAAAUCUAACACCGGAAGAAGUCUGUGCUUUCUUCCAAGUCACCCCUCAAGAGGGGUUGACUAAUGCACAGGCAAUUGAACAACAAAAGAAAUACGGAAAAAAUGAACUACCCGAAGAAGAAUCAACACCCUUGUGGAAGCUGAUCCUCGAACAAUUCCAGGAUCAGCUUGUACUGAUCCUGCUUUCAGCCGCCGUCAUCUCAUUUAUACUCGCCUUAUUCGAAGAGCAUGAAGAAGGAGCAGCAUCAACUGCAUUUGUGGAACCGAUGGUGAUCUUGUUGAUCUUGAUUGCCAAUGCCACCGUUGGUGUUCUCCAAGAAUCUAGCGCUGAAAAGGCCAUUGACGCUCUCAAAGAAUACUCUCCCGAUGAAGCCAAGGUAGUCCGUGAUGGACAGUUGCGUCGUGUGAGAGCUGAGGAAUUAGUACCGGGAGAUAUUAUUGAUAUUGCAGUGGGUGAUAAAGUACCAGCAGAUGCUCGUGUAUUGUCGAUCCAGUCAACAGUUUUGCGUAUUGACCAGGCUUUACUUACUGGAGAGUCUGUGAGUGUUAACAAGGAGACCGAAGCUAUAAGAGAUGCAGGCGCCGUCAAGCAAGAUCAGAUCAACAUGGUCUUCUCUGGCACCACCUGUGUCCUCGGUAAAGCACGCGCCAUCGUCGUCCAAACCGGAUCUGCCACUGCCAUUGGUGACAUCCACCACUCUAUCUCAUCCCAAAUCUCUGAAAAGACUCCUCUUAAGCGCAAGCUCGAUGAAUUUGGAGACACUCUUGCCAAGGUUAUCACUGUCAUUUGCGUCCUCGUCUGGCUCGUCAACAUCCGUCACUUUAACGAUCCAUCUCACAAGGGCUGGAUGCAAGGUGCUGUCUACUACUUUAAGAUCGCCGUAGCUUUGGCUGUGGCUGCUAUUCCCGAAGGUUUGGCUGCUGUUAUUACUGCCUGUCUUGCUCUUGGUACCAAGAAGAUGGCCAAGCGUGGCGCAAUCGUUCGUAGUCUCCCCAGUGUUGAAACUCUUGGCUGUACAAGCGUCAUCUGCUCCGACAAAACCGGCACCCUAACCACUAAUCAAAUGAGUGUAUCUCGUGUUCUGACAGUCGGAAACAGCACUGGAAGACUUGAUGAACUCCAGGUUUCCGGAACCAGCUAUGCACCCAUCGGAACCAUUGUUAACGAAGCCAACAAGGCCUUGACCUCUGUCUUGGCUACCGACCCUAUUGCUCGCGAACUUGCUUUGGUCUGCUCUCUCUGCAACGACUCUAGAAUCGCUUACGAUGAAACCACUGACGCUCACCAGAACAUUGGCGAACCCACCGAGGCUGCUCUUCAAGUCCUUGUUGAGAAGUUUGGCACCGACAAUGCUCUUGUCAACCAAGGCCUUUCCUCUCUGUCCAAGAAGCAGCGUGUCACUGCCUGUAACGAUUACUUUGCCAGCCAGUUCACUCGUGUGGCUACUCUUGAAUUCACCCGCGAUCGCAAGUCCAUGUCGGUUGCUGUCUCUGAUGGCACAGACAACACUUUGUAUGUAAAGGGUGCCCCCGAAUCUAUCUUGGAUCGCUGUGCUUAUGUAGCUGUUGCUGAUGCUGUUGCUCCCCUCCCCAUGACCCCUGCUUUGCGCGAGGUCCUGAACAAGAAGAUUCUUGAAUAUGGUACAUCAUUGUCCCUGCGUUGUAUCGGUAUGGCCAAGGUCGAUAACAUUCAGCCAAACUCCUUUGAUUUGCGUGAACAGUCCUCGUUUGUAAAAUAUGAAAACAACAUGACUUUCCUCGGUCUUGUUGGUAUGAUGGAUCCCCCCCGCCCCGAAGUCAGACUCUCGAUCGAAAAGUGUAAGACUGCUGGUAUCCGCGUUAUUGUGAUCACUGGUGACAACAAGAAUACUGCUGAAGCCAUUUGCCGUAAGAUUGGUGUCUUUGGUGAAGAUGAGAAUCUCCAAGGCAAGAGUUAUACUGGUCGUGAAUUCGAUGCUCUCAGCCAGACCGAAAAGCGGGAGGCUGUCAAGCGUGCCAACCUCUUCUCUCGCACUGAACCCGCCCACAAGCAGCAGCUUGUUGAAAUCUUGCAAUCUCUUGGUGAAAUUGUCGCCAUGACUGGUGAUGGUGUUAACGAUGCUCCUGCUCUCAAGAAGGCUGAUAUUGGUGUUGCUAUGGGUAGCGGUACUGAUGUUGCAAAGCUCGCUGCUGACAUGGUUCUUGCUGAUGACAACUUUGCUACUAUUGAAAAGGCUGUCGAAGAAGGUCGCAGUAUUUACAACAACACCAAACAAUUUAUCCGUUAUCUGAUUUCCUCAAACAUUGGUGAAGUUGUUUCAAUUUUCCUCACUGUAUUGCUUGGCCUUCCCGAGGCCUUGAUCCCUGUCCAGCUCCUGUGGGUUAACCUUGUCACUGAUGGCCUUCCUGCUACUGCCCUUGGUUUCAAUCCUCCCGAUAAUGAUAUCAUGCGCCGCCCUCCUCGUAGUGGUCAUGAACCUCUUAUUGAUGGCUGGCUCUUCUUCCGUUACAUGGUUGUUGGUGUUUAUGUUGGUGUUGCUACUGUCUUUGGUUAUGCUUGGUGGUUUAUGUUCUACCAAGGCGGUCCCCAGAUCUCUUACCAUCAGCUUUCAAACUUCCACAGCUGUGCUGAACUUUUCCCUGAGAUUGGCUGCGAAAUGUUCAACAACACGUUUUCGAUGAAGGCUACUACCAUGAGUUUGUCAGUUUUGGUUGUUAUUGAAAUGUUCAAUGCUAUGAACAGCUUGAGUGAGAACGAAUCGUUGUUUACACUUCCAUUGUGGGCCAACCCUUAUCUGGUUGCUUCCAUUGUUCUUUCAAUGGCCCUUCACUUCAUGAUCCUCUACGUUCCUUUCUUCACCAACCUCUUUGUAAUUGUCCCCCUCAACUUGGAUGAAUGGAAGGCUGUUCUCUGGAUCUCUUUCCCUGUUAUUAUUCUUGAUGAAAUUCUCAAGUUCGUCACUAGAACCUGGAUCUCUCCACCAACCAAGGUCAUCAAGGAGAAAAAGGAAUAAAUAUAAGUAGAUUUGUUUUCUCUUAGAAAUCUUGCAUCAUUCACUUAAAAAUAAUAAACUUAUAAAUUAUACACCUACUUUUAUCU